AUGUUGUUGCAAAUCGUUCGGCCCCGUACUGCACUUACCACGGCAAUCUAUGGCUCUGUUGUCUUAGCUACUUUGGCUUCUUCGGCGGAUAGCUUUGAUGUUUUGAACUAUGUCGACCCUCUGAUAGGGACGGCAAAUGGAGGCCAUGUAUUCCCUGGCGCAACCUUGCCAUUUGGAAUGGCAAAGGCUGUCGCCGAUACAGUAGGCGAGAAUCAAGCGGGAUUUGCAUUUGAUACCAACGUCGUCACUGGGUUCUCUCAUAUGCAUGAUUCUGGCACCGGUGGUUCCCCCUCCAUGGGAAACUUUCCGAUAUUUGCCCAACCUUCUUGUCCAAAUGAUGAUAUCAAUCAAUGCAAGUGGCGGCUCAACGACAGAGCGGUGGCCUGGGACAAGAACUCGGUCAACGCUCGUCCGGGAUAUUUUAGCAUCUCGCUGGCAAACGGCGUGCAGGCGGAGAUGACUACCACUAAUAGAUCUGCGUUGUAUCGUUUCACCUUUGACGAGUCAUCAUCCAGCUCGCUGAGCCCAGUUGUUCUGGUGGACUUGAUAGAUUUGCCCCAAUCGCGCACCAACGGAACUGCCGAUGUUGACUCUGCCACUGGACGCCUGAGCGGUAAUGGUACGUUCAGUCCCAGUUUCGGUAUUGGAAGCUAUAAUCUCCAUUUCUGUGUCGACUUCAAGGGUGCUGAGCUCCGUGAUACCGGUACUUGGACCAAGAAUCAAGCGAAUGUCACAAGGAAAACUGUAUCUGUGCAAGCUGAUGGGACAAACACCCCCGGCGGUACAUUUGCUCGAUUUCACAGUCCCCAGGACAACAUAAUUCUGGCUCGCGUUGGUGUAAGCUUCAUGAAUGUUGAGCAAGCAUGUUCCAAUGCCGAGCGUGAGCAGCCGAACUUUGACUUUGACGGCACUAGAUCCGCGGCCGAAGUUGCCUGGAGGAAGAAGCUGAAUGUUAUGUCUAUUGACGCGGAUGAAGUCUCGAAUGACCUGCAAGCGGUCUUCUGGAGCGGAGCAUACCGGUCCUUGAUUAGCCCUCAAGACUAUACUGGGGAAAAUCCCCUAUGGGAAAGUGACGAGCCGUACUAUGACAGCUACUACUGGCAAGAAAACCCUGUAUCUGCAAAACUUGCCAUUUGGGACUCCUACCGAAGCAUCCAUCCCUUAUUGACAUUGGUGGAUCCUUUAUCGCAGUCUCGGAUGAUGCGCAGCCUCCUCGAUAUUUACCGCUUUGAAGGAUACCUACCCGACUGCCGGAUGUCUCUCUGUAAGGGACUUACCCAAGGAGGCUCUAAUGCCGAUGUUCUCAUGGCAGAUGCGUAUCUGAAGAAUGUCGAAGGUAUUGAUUGGGACACUGCCUAUGAGGCUGUUGUGAAGGAUGCAGAGGUUGAGCCUGCGAACUGGGAUGUCGAAGGACGCGGUGGCCUACAGAGUUGGAAGACCCUUGGAUACAUCCCGAAGGAUGAUUAUGAUCCAUAUGGCGCAGGUACCCAUACUCGCAGCAUAUCGCGGACUGUGGAAUAUGCGUACAAUGACUUUUGUAUUGCUGAGAUGGCGCAAGGAAUGGGCAAGCAAGCGGACUACGAGAAGUAUACCACUCGCUCGGGCAACUGGGCCCACAUGUUCAAGGCGGAUCAAAAGUCCAGUAUCAAGGGGGUUGACACCAAUUUCACUGGAUUUUUGCAGCCUCGCUAUACGAAUGGUAGCUGGGCUUAUCAAGACCCGAUCUUCUGCAGCCCCUUGCUGAGUUUCACCUCCUGCUAUCUCAACCCCAGUGGCCACGAGACUUAUGAAGGAAGUUCUUGGCUCUAUACCUUCUAUGCUCCACAUGAUAUGGGUGCACUCAUCCAAACUCUUGGUGGUGCAGAGCAAUUCACCUCCCGCUUGGAGUUCCUUCACCAAUCUGGACUUCUCUAUGUGGGGGAUGAACAAGCAUUUUUGACCGUGUUCCAGUUUCACUAUGCCGGACGGCCCGCUCUUUCGGCAAAGUACAGCCAUUUCUACAUCCCGUCCCAGUUUAACACCACGACCGCCGGUAUCCCAGGCAAUGACGAUAGCGGUGCGAUGGGCUCCUUUGUGGUGCUGAGUAUGAUGGGUCUCUGGCCCGUUCCUGGACAGAAUGUUUACCUCAUCACGCCGCCCUACUUUAAAGAAAUAAGCAUCGAGAAUGCUGUCACUGGUAAAACGGCUACUGUUCGCAACAUCAACUUUGACUCCAAUUAUGAGUCGAUCUAUAUUCAGAGUGCCAAGCUAGAUGGCCAGGCAUGGACAAAGAACUGGGUCUCUCAUGAUUUCUUCGCCGAGGGAGGUAUUCUGGAGCUAGAGCUGGGCCCGACCGAAAGCAAAUGGGGAACUCAGACGGAGGAUCUGCCUCCCAGUAUGAGCAGCUAUCAGUGA